CUUAUCGAGUUGUAAUUUGUAGUGGAGCGGAGAGAACGACGUGCGUGCAAGAAUGACCGGACGAGUAAUGGUGGUUCGAUUGCUGUGUCGCGAUGUCGCCGCCACUCCCACAUCGCCACUUGAUUUGCGAGGAGUGUUCACACCAUGCGUAGCGUUUAGGGUGCAAGGAACUCCACCUAAACCAUACUCUAAUAUAACAGAAGUUCAAUUCGCACCAAACGCACAAACAGCAAGCGCAUCCAGCUCUAAUGGUCUCACGGUGUCAGAAUAUGUCGCUAUUGGUAUCAGUUCCUUACUUCUCGGUCUCAUCUACGUUGCAUCUGUUUUCCUUUUUCUACACAUUCGAAAACGUCGCAAGGCAAUGUCUGAUGAAGAUGGCAAUAGAAGAUUAAAAGGACUCAUUAAGAAAGAUGGGUCUAUAAUUACUGAAAGAGAUAUUGUUAGGGUAAAUAACGAACGAAUUCAAAAUCUACCAAAUACAAUGGGUCAAGAUGACGGUAUAAUCAAGAAAAAUCCAUUACUGAAUAUCAGUCGACAAAUGCACGACAACAAGAAUUUCCCCAGUGAUUCAGGAAGCAAUAUAUCUGAUUCUGAUGAUUUUGGGGACAGUGCUCGGAGUGAUGAUAAUUCAUACACUAACCAAACUACAUCAGCGGUGAUACAUCAGCAUUAUGGUGAUUUCAAAUCAAAUAAAAACGAUAGUUCAGAAAUAAGUCACCGUGAUGAAUCGGGAAUUGAAAGGCUUCCAGACGAACAUGUGUCUAUUGUGGAAACACAAGACGAUAGAGAAAUAGCACGACCAGUUGGCACAACACGAAGGAAAUUAUACUUCAACCCUGCUUAUUUUGAACCACAGCUUAUGGCGGAGCCCCCAGCUGCAGCAUUGGAAUUUUUGGUCAAGAUCAGAGAAGUGAUAGCAAUAGCAAAACACAAAAUGGCAGCCAAGAGAUUUCAACCAGUUUUAAACCAAAUACCGGAAGAAGAAACUAUACCUUCCAAUGGAAACAGUAUCGACAUAUAUCAAGGAAUGGGGAGCCAAAGAAGUGGCAGCGUAGUCAGCCUGAAAAGAGAAAACAGUAGAAAGAAAAAUUGCAUUGGCUGUCCGGGUUGCAAGAUAGAUGACGACAGCGAUAUCCAACAAAUUGCGAAGUACAAUAUCCCAGCCUGUGUUAACUGUCUCGGCAACAAAGGAGAUAAGCAAAAUAGUAUACGAAAGUGGUUGGAAAACAUUCCCACGGCAAAACAACAUGCGUACAACGACUUUUUGCCCACAAAUCAAAACAGUUUAGCCGAAUCGCUUUUAUCACUUCCUGUCAGUGAAAGUCGCCGCAAAGUGAGAAAGCAAAACAGUUUUUCAAGUUGUAAUUCAAUGUAUUUGGCUGAUAAUAUUUCAGUGCCAAAAAAGUCAUCUACUUUAUCUGUUAGAUCGGAACCUGUGUUGCGAAAUUAUAAUUUACCACUACCUGAUUUUGAAAACGCAGACCGAAAACGCAUAGACUUCAAUUUGUAUUGCCAAACUGUUGCUCGUGUGGAUGAUAUUAGACCAAUUGGUUUGAACGACUAUCGCUCUUUAAAGCACAGGAAUGGCUUAGGUCAUCCAAGAAUAAGCAAGCCUUUCACUAAUAAUAAUGCUCUUCCUGAUAUGGUAAACGAAGCCAUUGCUCUCGAUCACUGUACGAAAUCUUACAAUCAAAGUAGCUCGGAUGAAGAAAGAAUAAGUAAUAUUAAAAAGCCAACAAUUCCAAUUUCCAACCCAUAUACGAGGAAUGCGUCUGAAAGUCCGUGUGGUAACGAUUACGAAACAGACAGUUUGGAAAGAAGUACUAAUAAGAAGGCUCUAUCUACAACAGAUUAUACUGAUAUACCGUCAUCUCAGGCAAGCCCAAGCUUAAGUAAUGCUUUACCCUUAGAAGAAGAACUAACAAUGAGGAAUGCUAUAUACAAAAUUCAUUCAAGCAGUAACAGCAAUACCCCUUCACCACAUAGAGAUAUUUUAAUUGACCAAAAUCAUUAUGAAACAAUAGAAAAGACCCAGCCUCCUCCCUUCGAAACACCUAAAGCUAGUUUAGUUAGUGAAGUUUACGUUAAUAAUACCUAUAACUUUGGAAGUGCUCCUACAUCACCCAGUGGGUCAGACUGUUCCAUGGGCAGUCGCAAAUUAGUAACUACUAUUAACGAUACAGAAUUAAAGCCUGGUUGUUUGACUAUCGAAGUGAAAGAUCCUCCAGAAAAUUACAUCAAAAUACACGAAUCGGAUGGCUUCGAACCAGAUACUUUAGACAGAAAACAUCCUAAACACAAGGAAAUAAGUGACUCUACACAGUUCAGCAGAAAAGAUCUUAUCAAAAAUAUUGACGAUAAAGAAAAUCCUCCGGUUCAACAACGGAUAAUGCUCAGAAGCAGUGGUACUUUCCAGAAAACAAGUGACAAGGGAGAUUAUUUGACGAAAUUCAACAGUCUCAGACAUGAAUACGAGCAACGGAAAAACGUUUAUGAACGCCCCAAGUUGUCGGAGGGCAUUUAUAGUGGUUCAAAAAGUCUAGAAGAUACAACAAGUGAGACUUGGCAUGACGCCGAAGAAUGGACAACUGAAGAGGGUCGAAUACUGACGCUAGAAUUAAGACAUUCUAAAAGACAGAGACAAUGUACGCCUCCAACGAUAAAGCAACUCAAAAAUCUUGCAAGACCUGAUGUUUUACCACCUUUACCGCCAACGGAGGAUGACCCCAUUUAUGAACAACCAAUAUUUCCCCCUAGAAAAGUUGAGACGGAUUUGGAAACAAUAAACGAAAUUAAUCCAAAAAACGUGACUGGCAGAAGCCUCAGUCCGAGGAUAUUUACGAAGAGUAUGACUACUGACUCGACGCACGACAGUUCCAUAUCUCCAGAAUCACAUUAUGGAGCUUCUUGCAGUCCAAUGAGAGCUUCUGUCCAGUCACAAUCCUCGGAAUACGAAAACAUGGAGUCCAUUAGUGGGACUGUUAGAAAAACGGAUAUGAAUAGAAAUAUAAUUCGAAAACGUUCAGGUAGAGUUGGCAAUAUAAAUACUGAUACUUUUGUUAAAGGUUCAAAGGUUGAAGGACAUUCAAAGACUCGUUUUAGAAGAAAGAAGGGUUCUAAUGUUCAAGACUCUGGGUAUUUAAGCAGUGACUCUACAUCGUCAAGGCAAAUGCCGAGGAAAUUAGUGAUCGCAAAAAUAGUGAGUUGUAGUGAAAGUGACGAUACAGAGAAUGAAGCGCGAAGUGAAUCUGGUGCCGAAAGUACAGAGACGCAUUCCGUUUACUUUGACAGUUUUCGAAAAAUGCAGACUGAGUUAGAGGACAGUUUUAGUUUUAGUAGUAAAUCUUAUAGCGACGUUAAUGGAAAAUUUAAACACGCUGACGAAUGUUUAUAAUGCAUUCCUAUAGCUUAGAUUUAGAUUAAAUUGAUCUAUGUGCAAUAAUCACGGUGCAAUAUGAAAAUGAAAAUGCUCCUAAUAAUCGAUAUUUAGACUUUGUGUAUAGAGAA